UCAUGUUAAAAGUCCAAAAUAUUUAGAGGACAAGACUUGAGCUUAGCUUAGAUUUUGAGUGGUUAUUGAGAGUGAAACAUUCAAUCAUGGAAAAUAGGAAAAGUUUGUUAGAGAAGAAAGGAACAAAGGAGGUAGUUGUUAUGAUUCCGGGCAGUGAGUACCAAAGCAGAGGUUCUUCACCAAGAUCCAAUCUUGAUCCGACAGAGAUUAAGAAUCUCCAAUCAAGAGCACAGAGUUCUGCUCAAGGAAUCACUCGAUCCGGCCCAACUCUAAGUAAGCCUCGCGUGAAUCCCACUGAUCGUUUGGCUACAAACAAGUUCUUUUUGAGUCCAUGGAUAUCUAAGAGGAAAUCAAGAUUUGAAGAACCAUCGUGUCAUGGUGAUGCUACUUCAGUUAAGGACAAUACCCAACUGAAGAUUUCAGAGAGUUCGCCUAAUGUGGGUUCGCCUUACAACGAUACAAGUGCUAACGCCACUAAAGACGGUAUGAAACCCGUGCCGAACGCUGCUCAAACGCCUCCUUCGAAGGCUGCAGAGGUGGAAGAUGAUGAGCAUGUGUACAAGGCUGCAAAUUUGAAGGUCCAAGAGAUGGCCGGCAAGAAAUUCGCCAAGUAUAUUAUCUGGAUCGAGUUCACAGCAUUUGUGUGCAUCAUGGGACUUCUGAUCGCAAGUUUAACCGUUCGCAAACUGAAAGAUACGGAAAUUUGGCACUUGGAGCUGUGGAAAUGGUGUGUGCAGGUGUUGGCGAUCUUUUGUGGUAGGUUGGUGAUUGACUGGUUGAUUAACACAUUGGUUUUAUUGAUUGAGAAGGAUUAUUUGCUCAAACAUAAGGUCUUGUACUUCGUCUUUGGAUUGAAGGACAGUGUCCAAAGGUUUACCUGGUUGGUUUUCAUUCUUUUAGUCUGGGUUUUGCUGAUGAACCAUGGGGUGAAGCGAUCGGAGCAGGAGAGGGAGACUCUACAUUAUGUGACAAGGGCUCUUGCUUCUUGUGUCAUAGGAGCUGCUAUAUGGCUUGUCAAAACACUCUCAAUAAAAUUACUAUCGGCUUCUUUUCAAUGCAAGAGGUUCUUCGAUCGCAUCCAAGAAUCUCUCUUUCACCACUACAUAGUCAAGACCCUUUCAGGCUCGCCUUUGAUGGAACAGAAUGACAAGCUCUAUGGGCGGCUCAGUUUCAAGAAGUACAUCAAAGGAGUGGCAAAGAAGCUAGAAGAGGUGAUUGAUGUAGAUAAGCUGAGUAAGAUAGACCGGGGUCAAAUUUCUGCUUGGACGAUGAAAGGGUUGGUUAACGUCAUUAGCGACUCAUCCCUAGGGAUUUCAACUCUUGUUGGAAACCUUAAUCAAUACUGUGAUGAGGACACAGAGCAACAAAAUAAGGAGAUCACUAAUCAAUCAGAAGCAAUGGCAGCUGCUGACGAAAUAUUCAAGCAUGUCACUAAGAAGUCUGGACAUGAGUACAUCGAAGAGAAGGACCUCUUGCGCUUCAUGAAGAAGAAAGAUGUUGACAAAUUCAUUCCUUUGGUGCCAGGAGCAGCAAAAACUAGACGGAUCGAUAGGUCAUCUUUAAAGGACUGGCUGGUGAGCGUUUACCUUGAAAGGAAGUCCCUCGCCUACAGCUUGAACGAUACAAAAACAGCCAUCGAGGAGCUGAACAGGCUUGCUUCAGCAGUUCUGCUGAUCGUGAUCAUUAUCGUGUCGUUACUUAUGAUGGGAGUUUUGACGACACAAGCACUUGUCUUCAUUUCAUCCCAGCUUUUGCUUGUGGCGUUUAUGUUUGGUAAUUCCGUCAAAACAGUGUUCGAAGCCAUCAUUUUUGUUUUUGUGAUGCAUCCCUUUGAUGUUGGUGACCGUUGUGUCAUCGACGGAGUGCAGAUGGCGGUUGAAGAGAUGAAUAUCCUGACAACAGUCUUCGUGAGAAAUGAUGGUGAAAUGAUAUUCUACCCAAAUUCAGUUCUGUCCACCAAACCCAUCAACAAUUUCUACAGGAGCCCAAACAUGAGUGAUUCCGUGGAGUUCACCGUCGACUUCUCCACUUCGCCCGACAGCAUUACUGCUUUAAGAGAUGAAAUAAAAAGGUACUUGGAAGAGAGGCCUAACUAUUGGAAGAAGGAUCACAGCAUCGUGGUUAAGGAGAUCGAAGACAUGAGCAAGUUGAAGAUGGCUCUAUACGUCACUCACACGAUAAAUUUCCAAAACCCGGGAGACAGGAACAGCCGGAGAUCCAAGCUACUGUGGGAGCUGAAGAGGAUCUUCGAGAAACAUGGUAUCAGAUACCAUCUGCUUCCUCAAGAAGUUCGAGUCAGCUAUGCUGGUUCAGCGCCCGCCGGUGCGAGGUUCUGACUCCUCCAGGAGCGAAGUUCUUCGCCAGCUGCAAGUACGUUGAGAAGUGAAUAUUUCCUUUUCCUGAUUCAUUAGUCACAAUGCGUUAUACCUAUAAGUUGAAUGUCUUUUGGGCUAACAGAAGGUAUGAAAUCACAGUAUGAUGGGAAUUGGAUCACAUCGCAGUUUUCUACUACCUUUGCCCUCCAACUUUCAAAUUCUGCUUAUAGUUAUGGAGGAGAUAAAUCUAGCAUUGAGACAUACGUUCGUCCAUUUUGCUCAUUUGACCCAGAUAUGACUAAUACUAAUGCUACACGCUUG